AUGGAAUACGAUGGAGAAAUAGAUGCAGAAACUGAAGCUUUUGGCGCAGAGUUGGAGGACUUAUUACAGGGUGAUUUGGGCAUCAACAUGGUGUUCAUUCUGCCAGAAAAAUUCAGAGCAGCAGAAGGACAAGAAAGCAUUUUGGAGGGAGAUGUGUUCUCCCAGGAGAGUUUUGAAUGCAGGUUUGCAGAAGCAGAAGAGUCACCAGAACAGCAAACAGUUAAUCACAAGACAGGAGGAAGUACCAACAAACUAGCUGCAGAACAGCUUUGCUUCUCCAAACCAACCAAAGAAAUGGCCAAUCACCUCAGACCCUUGUUCAUAACAGCAAAUUUUUGGGGUGUUCCCAUUCCCAAGGUCAUGGUAGAUGGAGGUGCGGCCAUUAAUCUUCUGCCUCACAGAAUGCUGAGCAAAAUGGGCAGAACAGAGAAGGAUUUGAUUCCAACACGCUUGACCGUCACCAACUUCGCAGGGGGCAUCACCAAAACCCACGGGAUCUUAGAUGUGGAUGUCAUAGUUGGAAGCAAAAAACUAAAGAUUGCAUUCUUUGUGGUAGACACCACUUCUACCACUUACAAUGCACUGCUUGGCAGGGACUGGAUUCAUCAGAGUCUAUGUGUCCCUUCCACUCUUCAUAAGCAAUUAGCUUUGUGGAAUGAAGAGGGUCACAUGGAGAUAGUAGAGGCCGAUCCACGGCCAUUUCUGCCUUCUGCCAUGUGUUUUGAGGCAAGGUACUAUCAUGAUGACCUUGGUUCUUUCACUUUCCUCGGAGUCAACCAGAACGGCUGCCCCCAUGGUGUCACGGCCCAGAGGUUCAUUGAAGAUGGUCUAGCCAGUCCCCUAGAGGACUGGAAUAGACCUUUUGUUCUAAACCUCCAGAACUCUGAUGUUUAG